UGCAUGCAUGUCGAGUACUUCACGCAGCGGUCCCUCCCCUUUAAACGUCAGCGUAACUUCCCCUUUAAUGCCAUCAGUGCGGGUUGAUUUCGGUCGGCAGAAUGGAUUCAACUAAAGUUACCGCUUUUUAACUUUCUACCAACUCGCAGUAAAAGGCGUAACUUCGUCUUGUAGAUGUACGUGUGCUUAUCGCCGAGGUUUUAAAGUGUUUGUGUAUAAUAAUGUUGUGGUUAGCGUGCUUGUUGUUGUCGGGUGUGAUGAACACUGGACCAGUUGAAGGAUAUUUCCAUGAGGAGCGCUGGAGCCCGGAGUCUGCUGAACUCGCUCCCCGAAUAAUGAUCUCGCUCAUCUGCCGUAACGCUCAGCACUCGCUUCCUCAUGUACUGGGUGCUAUUGAGCGUCUAAAUUAUCCCAAAGAUCGUAUUGCCCUCUGGGUGGCAACUGAUCACAGUAUUGACAACACUACAUACAUGUUGCGAGACUGGCUUAUAAAUGUACAGAAGCUAUACCAUAAUGUGGAGUGGAGGCCGAAGGAGGAACCAAGAGCAUAUUUUGAUGAGCAAGGACCCAAGGAUUGGACGAAUGAGCGGUACGCCUACGUAAUGAGACUGCGUCAGGCAGCGCUCGAAUCCGCACGAGAAAUGUGGGCAGACUAUCUCAUGAUGAUUGACUGUGAUAAUCUCCUGAUCAAUCGUGACGUCUUAUGGAAGUUAAUAAAGGAGAACAAGACAAUUGUGGCUCCGAUGCUGGAGUCUCGUGCGGCCUAUUCCAACUUUUGGUGUGGAAUGACAUCACAGGGUUACUAUAAACGAACGCCUGCAUACAUUCCCAUACGUAAACAAACGAGAAAGGGCUGUUUCGCCGUUCCCAUGGUGCACUCUACGUUCCUAGUGGAUUUACGGAAAGAAGCCUCCAGACUGCUAGCUUUUCACCCACCACAUCCAGACUACACGUGGGCCUUCGAUGACAUCAUAAUCUUCGCCUUUUCAGCCCGUAUGGCAGAUGUCCAGAUGUAUGUUUGUAAUAAGGAGACAUUCGGAUUUCUCCCAGUCCCUCUUCGCAUCCACAGCACGUUGCAGGACGAGGCGGACAGCUUCGUUCAUACUGUACUAGAGGUCAAUGUACGAAAUCCCCCAGUUGAACCUUCUAGACACCUUCCCAAACCUGUGAAGACGCCUGACAAAAUGGGCUUUGAUGAGGUAUUUAUGAUCAACCUGAAGCAACGAGCUGAUCGACGCGAGCGCAUGCUGAGGGCACUGCGAGAGCAAGACAUUACCUGCAAGAUUAUUUCCGCUGUUGAUGGCAAAGCAAUGAACGUCAGUGACAUCCAUGCAAUGGGAAUCCACAUGCUGCCCGGCUAUAGUGACCCUUAUCAUGGCAGACCGCUGACAAAAGGAGAGAUGGGCUGUUUCCUUUCCCACUACAACAUCUGGAAAGAGAUUGUAGACAGAGGCUUGAAGACCUCAUUGGUGCUUGAAGAUGAUUUGCGGUUUGAGAUCUUCUUCAAACGCCGCAUGCAGAAUCUGAUGCGUGAGGUUGAGAGUAAAGGUCUGGAUUGGGAUCUCAUUUAUAUUGGGAGGAAGAGGAUGCAGGUGGACCAUCCUGAGAAAGCAGUACCAAACAUUCGCAACCUAGUGGAGGCGGACUAUUCCUACUGGACCCUGGCUUACAUGAUGUCUUUACAGGGAGCCAGAAAACUCCUCAAUGCAGAACCACUCAGCAAAAUGUUACCUGUGGAUGAGUUUCUGCCUAUUAUGUUUAAUAAACAUCCUGUAUCGGAUUACAUGGAGCAGUUCGAGACAAGGGAUCUGAAAGCAUUUUCAGCUGAGCCUUUGCUGGUGUUUCCUACACACUACACAGGUGAACCAGGAUACAUCAGUGAUACAGAAACAUCCACAGUGUGGGACAAUGACAAGGUGCGUACAGAUUGGGACAGGAAGCGGUCGGGUAAGACUAAAGAACAGGCUGAGAUCAGCACAAAGGCACAAAACACUAAUGUGCUCCACUCUCCAUUGGACAGAACGGCUCGAGAUGAGCUAUGAGAGACACACAGAUAGACUCGUGACAUUACUGAGAUUGUAUCAGUUUUUCCUCAGUCUCUCUAUCUGUGGACAUUGUGAAACGUGUUUCCUGGAAGUGUGCUGUUUGACUGAUCAAAAGAAGGCUUGAACAUGUUUCUUAUUUGUUUGUUUUUCUUAACAGUUUUGCUUUUAAGCUUGAAUAUCUAGAUAAACUGACUCUACCUAUUACUGGCUGUCUCACCCGUUCACCAUUGUGUCCCGGGACCAAGGCAGAGAAUCAAGUGUGGGUUAGGGCCAUUCACACAUUAAUGAUAACCAUAACAUUAAAGCGAUACCCCAGCCACAUAUCAAAAUUUCGCCAAUAUUUACUCGCCCUCAAGCAAUCCGAGAUACACAUGUCUAUCAUCUUUCAGACGAACACAUGUGGAGUUCUUUUAGUAAAUGUCCUUGCUUUUCCAUACCUUAUAAUGGUAGAAAACAAGGAUCAGGAAACAACUUCUGACUUUUAAGCCCCCAAAAAAGCCCAUUCUUCGCGUCACUGCGCAACAUACUCAUGGCAACCAAUGCUCAUUACGCUAAAACUUGCGUGAAUUGCUUGAGUCCAAGAUGUCGUCAUUACCGGAAACUAGUUAUUACAGUUUAUAAAGUUUGAAAUAUUGAAAUGCUUCUUACAAAAUUGCAUUGAUUAACCGUAGAAGACCUUUAUUAACCCCUUAGAGCUGUGUGGAUUACUUCUGUGAAGGAUGAAUGCACUUUUUUGGGUUUUAAAGUCAGAAGCUGUGUCCUGAUCCCUGUUUUCUACCGUUAUAAAGCGUGGAAGAGCAAGGACAUUUACUAAUAUAACUCCAAAUGUGUUCGUCUGAAAGAUGAUGGACAUUUGUUUCUCGGAUAGCUUGAGGAUGAGUAAAUCAUGGCGUAAUUUUGAUAUUUGGCUGAAGCUUUACCGAUACCCAUAAAUAUAUUAGCGUCUACACCACCACGUGGUAAUGAUAACUUGCUAAAUCGCUCACAAGCCACAAUACUCGCGCUAAUUAUUUAAUGGCAUUAACUAAUAUUGUAGAUUUCCUCUAGUAAAAACUGUGUUUCACGUAUCUAUAGUUAAUCAUCUUAUCUACAAUAGAAUAAAAACAUUACGAAGUGCAACUGCAGCAGCGUUAAAUACCUGAGGUAAUUUUAUGUUAUGGACCACAGCAUUUUAUGUUCUCCCCAGUGUCAUCUGCCAUUUCAAAUACUUUUGCACUUUAAAUUUAAAUAGAUUUGAUUGUCUGUCAAUGGUUUAUCGUUUAUCAUGUAAUCCCAACGAUAUCGUUGCUUGUGUCUUUACCGUUAUAGUUGUGCUAUUCCAAUGCUAUCUCAUGCCAAUUUGUAUGUGUUUUACAAGAUGGCUAAUUCGUACCAUCACAUCCGUACAGUUUUGACGAUGGGGUUAGGAGUGGGAUUUCAUUAUUGUUUUAAUUUAUGAUAAUUUGUGACCCGUGCUGGCAAAAUAUUUAAUCUAUAUUUAGUCUAAUUUAGUCUAACAGCAACUCAGCACCCCCCCCCCAAACGUCAACCCCCGGUCCGCGAAUAUUUUUUAAAGCUGAAACCGGUCCGCGGUGUAAAAAAGGUUGGGGACCCCUGAUCUAGAUCAAUAUCUUAAAACAAUUUAAAUCAAAUUUAGAUCAAAAUGUAUGUGAAUUUUUCAUAAAAAUGUGAUAUUUUUCAGGCAAGCUAAUGGUGUGGUUGAGUUAUUGAGUGGUAAACGGGUAUAAAAGUACUUCAUAUCUCCCAAAACACAGCAUUAAUGUAUAGAUGGGAAGGAAAUGAAAAAAAUGAUAUAUUAUUUGUAUCAUUAAAAAUGUAUAUAUUUUUUGUAAUCACUCUUUUAAUCUCUGGGGUCAUUUUAACCCCCGUGGAACUAUAACGUAUACAGGAAAAUCGUGUCUUAUGAGGGUUAAACUAAUACAAAGAUGAAUUUCCAUGACAUUUUAGUUUUGGUUUUAAAACAUGCAGGAAUGAGAAAAUAAAGCAGGACUUGCUUGAUGUUAAAAUAGCUAUUAAGAGAGAUAAAGUUUGGUACUCGAUUGAUGUUAAAAGAGUUAUCAAUAGCGAUAAGACAUGAAAACGAUUUUCAUAUAUAUAUAUAUAUAUAUAUAUAUAUAUAUAUAUAUAUAUAUAUAUAUAUAUAUAAUAGGGCUGUCAAAAGAUUAAUCGCGAUUAAUCGCAUCCAAAAUAAAGUUUGUGUUUACAUAACAUAUGUGUGUACUGUGUAUAAUUAUUAUUUAUAUAUAAAAACACACCCAAUCAUGUAUAUAUUUAAGAUUUUUUUUAUAUUUAUAUAUAAAAUAUUUAUAUUUAUAUAUAAUAUAAAUUAUAGAAAUGUAUAUACAGUAUUUAAAUGCAAAUAUUCCUUAAAUAUAUACAUGAAUGUGUGUGUAUUUAUAUAUGCAUAAUAUUUAUACACAGUACACACACAUAUGCUAAAAACACAAACUUUUAUGUUGGAUGCGAUUAAUCGCGAUUAAUCUUUUGACAGCCCUAAUAUAUAUAUAUAUAUAUAUUAGGGCUGUCAAAAUAAACGCGUUAAUAACGCGUUAACGCAAAUUAAUUUUAACGGCACUAAUUUUAUUAACGCGCGAUACGCAAUUUCUGUUUGACCCACAGAUGAAUUGAGACGCAGCAAGUGACCGGCGCUGUCUAGAUGAGUCGGAGCUUUUCAUAAAAAUAAGAACAUUAAGCUCUCGUCUAGCGAAUCCAAUGCUCUAAAUGGUCAUUAAACAUCUAAAAUGCACGUUUUCUGCACGCGCAGUUUUCUUUAUCUGCACGUUUUCUGUGAGGUGUACCGUCCCAAAUCCAUAUAAAGCAAAGAUGCGUCUUCUUUCACUUUUUAGUUUCGUUUUUAAAGCAUUCAGAAAUGAUAGAAAAUAGACUGCAGGACUUUCUUGAUGUUAAAAUAAUUAUUAAGAGAGAUAAAGUUCGGGAUCUGAUUGAUGUUAAAAGAGUUAUUAAGAGUGACAAGACUCAAAAGCGAUGUCUGACGCAGACGUCUAAAGCGCAUCCACACAAACACGCGAGUGAGUGACCCUGAUAUAUAUAGACAUCUAACACAAAAUUACAGUUUUAAAAAUAUCUGUUUUGACAAGAAUUCACGCAGGUAAGACCUAUAAUCUGUUAUAUCUGAAGUGAAUGUUUGGUUAACGGUUAAGGAAAAGUAUCUGUUGUGUCAUUAUAUUAAACCCUUGCAUUAUCAGACCUACAGUAUCUUAAAGUGGUCAGUCCCAAAUGUCAAAAUUAAGCAAUAAAAGAAAAACAUAUAUUAAUAUUGUUUUUGCUCUGCAUUAACAUGUAUAGUUCUGUCAUGCUUUGUCAGAUUCCAACAAUUGUUCCAAUUGUUUUAAAGUUUUUUAGAGAAUGUUAAAAUAUAAAUGACACAUUUUUGAAAAUUUGCUCAUCCCAACUCAAUUUGCCAGCACAGGUCACAAAUGAUGCAGCAGCAAACAGAAAUGGAGAAAGAACAAAGUCUUCUAAAGGCAAAAACAUUUAAAACUGUGGCUGAUGGUUCUGUUAAAAAUGUAAACAGGCUGUUGUAGACAUACAUUUGCAUAUAGCAUAUAUAUUAUCCAAAUAUUAUCCAAAUCCAGACUGAUUAGAGCAUUAAAAACUUAAAAAGUGUUACAUUUAGGUAAAUUUAAAACAGAUAAAAAUGUGCGAUUAAUUUGCGAUUAAUCGCGAGUUAACUCAUGAAAUCAUGCGAUUAAUUGCGAUUAAAUAUUUUAAUCUAUUGACAGCCCUAAUAUAUAUAUAUAUACCACAUAUAUAUAUAUACCACAUAUAUACACACACACACAGAAUUACAGUUUUAAAAAUAUCUGUUUUGACAAGAAAUCACGCAGAUAUAAUCUGUUAUGUUUUAAGUGAAUGUUUGUUUAACUGUUGUGGAAAAAUAUUUAAUGUGUAGCAUUAUAUUAGAUCAUUGCAUUACAGUAGAUCUUAAAGUUGUCUGUCUCAAGUCAAACAAACAAUAAAAGAAAGAAAAAAGUUUUUAUUACAUAUAUUUUUCCUAUAGAUAUUGUUUUUGACUUUGUGUGUGCCAAAUCUAUUAGUUUUACCAGUAAUUUUAAGGUAUGGAUGCAUGAUUUGUUUUUAAACCUUUAAAGAGGGCAUAUCACAAAAAUCUGACUUUUUCCAUGUUUAAGUGCUAUAACAGUAACUUAGUUUUGGUAAACCAUUCUCUGCAAGCAUGUGAAAAAAUCCCCUUGUGAUGUCAGAAGGUGAUAAUACCACCCCUUAAUCGGCACUAUCCAACCACAGGACUGCCAUUUAGUGCAGAGAUCAAAGAGAUGGCACAUUUUUGCUCACACCUACAAAGUUGCAAUUUUAACAUGUUAUAAUAAAUUAUCUAUAUGGUAUUUUGAGCUAGAACUUCACAUAUGUGCUCUGGGGACAGCAAAGAUUUAUUUGACAUCUUAAAAAAGUCUUGUAAAACGUCCCCUUUAAAAAAAUGUAACAAAAUUUUUCUCAAAAUUGACUUUGCUGACUCUGUCAACUUCAAACAGGUGUGGCUCUGUCAUUUUUUGUCAUAUUCCAACAAAUCAUACAUCGUUUUGAAGGUUUUUAAUAGAGAAUGUCUAAAUAUCUAAUUUUUGAAAAUUUGCUCAUUACGACUAAAUUUUUCCAGCACAGGUCAAAUAUAUUUUGUAUGAAUUACUUCAUAAGAAUUAGCCAACUCGUAAAAUAUGUAUGAAUUCCCUUGAGAUCAGGCUGGCUAAUCUCUUUCAUUUGGAGUGAUUUUUAAAACUAUAUUUUUAUAGUUAUCGCCCAUAGUGUAAACAGCCCUUUACAGCAGAUUUGGGUUACAUAAGCAGGACUAGAACAGGAUGUUUUAGGUGUAUGUUUUCAUUUUAAAACCUGAUGUGACCAUUCAAAGGAAAAGCACACGCAUAUCUGUGUAUUAUUUUUACAUCAGAUGAUAAAGAUCUUGGGUGUAGCUGAAUCUUUAUCGGCAGAGCUACGAGCUAAAUAUAUUAAAGUAAAAUAAUCGAGCUUGCAUCUAAGCAUUAAGUCAGCGGGUGGGCAUUAUGCAAAUGUGUUAUAUGUUCAAUGUAAAUUCAGGAAAGUAUAAUAGGUGCUCUUUAAUAUUCCCAAUCACAUUCCACAGCUGAGGUCCAUAGUGCUUUUUAAUGCAUUCGCUUUUAUAAACUAUAUAUAUAUAUUUUUUUUCAGUAAGUGCAUUAGCUAGGAAUUAUAUCUACCAGUUGAAUGCCCUUCAAAGCCCUUUGUUUUUUUUUAAAUAAUGAAUGAGGCUUUUUUACAAUUACUCCCAUUUGGUAAAGUUUCAGACUUUCACUUUCUUUCAACAGUGCACGCCUUACUCUGUGGUUUUACUGUCAUAUCAUCAAAACGACAAUAAAAGAUCUACACACAUU